ACAUGAAGAAACAAAGACAGAAAUAGAUACCGUUAGUUUGGUUGCAAAUGGAAAAGGAAAGAACACCAAGCUAACCUCACCUCUCCCCCUACCUAUUUCUCUGCUCUCUCUCUUCAUUUAUAUAUUUUUACCCAAACGCACCCAAACACCCACCUGUUCUGUCUUCUUCAGACUUCACCUCUCUCUCUCUCUCUCUCUCUCUCUUACCACACCAGCAAACACCAAACCCUCUUCAGUUUCCUCACUAAAACACUAACCCACAAAAUUCUUCUUCUUUUUAUACCUAAAAUUCAAGCACCAAGCAAACAUGAACACUUUUGAUCCUGAACAGCAAAGACAAGAUCAUUCUUUAAAAAGAAGAUGGCAUGCAGAGAUCAAAAGAUCCCUUUCCAGCUCUAACAUUCGCCCUAAUUUUAAUGUUACUCAUGCUAAUACACCCACUUUCAUCUCUAACUCUAAGCCCUUUCCGGCUCUUUAUGACGACGAUGAUGAUCUCGUUUCCACCGUUGUCCCUCCUGUGACCGUUGUUCUCGAAGGCCGCUCGAUUUGCCAGCGGAUUAGCCUCCACAAGCAUGCCAGCUACCAAAGCCUUGCUAUGGCUCUUAGGCAAAUGUUUGUCGACGGCGGCGAUGCGGGAGGCGUCACCGACUCCGACACCGAUCUUGAUCUAACAAAUGCUGUUCCUGGCCAUCUCAUUGCUUAUGAAGACAUGGAAAAUGAUCUCCUUCUCGCCGGUGACCUUAACUGGAAGGACUUUGUACGUGUGGCUAAGAGGAUUAGAAUAUUGCCAGUUAAGGGGAAUUCAAGGAAAGGAAGAGGGGGGGCAUGAGAUUGCUAGCUAUAGUGUUGUUGGCUGUUUGCUGUGGAAGAACGAUCUUUGUAUUAAAAGAAGUCAAAAGAAAAAUUUAAUUACAUAAAUAUUAUUCUAUGGUUAAUUUCAAACAAGUUUUGUUUUGGUGUGAACAGUUUCCUAUGUAUCUAGCAAGCCCUUUGAUAGGAUCGAUAUAUAUUUGUGUAAAUUUAUGUUCCUUUGUUUUA